AUGCCAAUUCCCCGAGAGCCGAGGAAAAAGAAAAUGGCGACCACAACUAAGUCAAAGGAGUCGGCAGUGCUGAAGGAUAGCAGUCUCGCCAUUCUAGCAAAGGAAAUCGGCCAGGAUGAUUUGAAUGGACUUGUGUUGACCAUGUACCUUAAUGUCCCAAACACAGACAUUGUAAAUAUUGCCAAUGGGGCAUCAGAGUGUGGACUCCUCAAUGCCAACGAAUCUCUGAGAACGGAAACCACGCGAAAAUGUCUCAUGCACUGGAAGAACAUGCGUGCUGGAGCAAAGGAGAGGGAGAAAGUAAAGGAACUGGACAGAGCAUUGAAGGAACUUGGAAAAGCAGAAAUUGCUGAUAUUGUAUCAGAGCGACACUCUAAUAAUGCAGAGCUGACACCUGACGCUUUCUCUAAUCUUGGUUAAAUGGUUCUUUCUGAAUCUAAACCCAUUCUUCUACAUCGACCCAAACAUUUUGUAUUUACCGUUAUAAAUAAAAAGUUGGACGCAGUGUAUCAGGUUGCAUUGUGUUGUUAAAGAAACAUGCUAAAUUGGUGAAAUAUGAAUCUCCUUUCUAAAGAGUUCCAUGACAUACUGAAAUUGA